ACCUCCGGCCGGGCUCAUAGUCUCCGCCCGGGCUCACCUCCGCUCCAGCUCAUCGUCUCCGCCCGGGCUCACCUCCGCCCGGGCUCACCUCCACCGCGGGCGCACCUCCGCCGCGGGCUCAUAGUCUCCGCCGCGGGCUCAUAGUCUCCGCCCGGGCUCACCUCCACCGCGGGCGCACCUCCGCCGCGGGCUCAUAGUCUCCGCUGCGGGCUCACCUCCGCCCGGGCUCAUAGUCUCCGCUGCGGGCUCACCUCCGCCCGGGCGCACCUCCGCCGCGGGCGCACCUCCGGCCGGGCUCAUAGUCUCCGCCGCGGGCUCCUAGUCUCCGCCCGGGCGCACCUCCGCCGCGGGGUCCCCAGGCCGCCCGCCCAUGGCCCCCUACCACAUCCGGACCUACGGGGACCAGGACUGGGAGGCCGUGAGGCAGCUGUUCUCCGAGGGGUUGCUCGGGAACCUGCCUUCCGACUUCCGCGCGAUGCUGAAGAAGCCCCGGACGCUGCUGGCGCUGCUGGGGGCGCCGCUGGCCCUGCUCUGGGGCUCGGGCUCCCCGGUCGCGGCCCUUGUGGCCUUCUCGGGCGUCCUGGCGGGCCAGUGGCUGACGCUGCGGCACUUCAUAAGGCAGUACGUCAGCGAGAGCCUGCGCAGCGACCUGCUGGACAUCCAGAAGGCCUACCUGCGGGGCCCGGGCUGCGGCUUCUGGGUGGCCGAGGCCGAGCGCCGCGUGGUGGGCACCGUGGGCGUGCGCCUGGCCAGGCAGCCGGUGGGCGGCGGGGAGUAUCUGGAACUGUUCCGCCUGUCGGUGAGGAGCGAUCUCCGAGGCCGAGGGAUGGCCAGGACCCUGGUCCAGACCGUGCUGCAGUUCGCCCGCGACCAGGGCUUCGACGGCGUGGUCCUGGAGACCAGCAGCGCCAACCACCCGGCCCACCGGCUUUACGAAAGCGCCGGCUUCUGCAAGUCCCACGAGUCCGAGUAUUUCUUGGCCUGGUGGCUCGGCGUCUUCUCCACUUGCCAUUUCCAGUAUGAUUUUUCCUCCCGGUCCUAACCUUCCCCCGCCCCGCCCCCUCCGCGUCUCUCGGCCCUUGGUGGGUUUGCUGGCAGGGUCACGACAGCACCUUGUCCCUAUUAAAGGUUGCUGACUUUCUCUCA